UUCCCAAGGUACAGCGCGAAUCUGUUGCCAUGGAAACACAACAACAGAAGGCUUGCUCUCUCACGCUGUCGGUUUGACACGCUGCGACUCCAGACUCCAGAAAGUUGACAGGAAAAAGUCACGUGGAGACGUGGAUAUGGCAAACAGUGCUGAUCUCUCAACACCUACAACUGAACAUGAGCCUCAUAGUAUUAGCACACACAUGGAAGAGGAAGGCUCUAUGGAUGACAUCUUCAGGUUUGAGGAUGACUUCCCUGAUUGGUCCACAGGGUUUGACAGCUCUGAGUGGGAAGUGAGUGAUGGUGAAGAUGGAACUGACACAGGUGGGGAGAAGCCAUACGCUGACAAGAAACGCUUGUUCAAGCUAAAAGGGUUUCUGGGCCAACUGGACACCUUUUAUCAGCAGAAGAAACUGAAUUUGCUACAAGCCAGGGAAGAACUAAAAGCAUUUCACCUUCAUGUGACUGAGCUGGAGGAAAAUAGAGACAAGAUUGAGUUGGAUAUAGAAAGAGAGAAACAAGCUGAGAACAGCGUGGCUCUGCUCCGGCUACGUGCUCAACACAAGCGUGUGUGCGCCGAGCUGCAGAUGGAAGAAGAUCUGGGCACUCAUUUAGCCAUGAUCUUGAAAGAGCAUGAGCUGGAGCUGUGCCAGGUGGAGGUCGAACUGGGUCACUUCUUGGCUCUGCGUCAGGAGCUUGAGCUGGAGGAGAAGAACGUCCAAUCUCAGGACAAGAAGAAACAAAAGCUCAGAUUCCAGAGAGAGAAGAGCAUUAUCAAACAACGUAGACACAAAGCACAACAUGACAAAGUUGAACGUGACAAGGUUUUGCAACAGCAGGCAGAAGUUAACAGGAAACAACAGGAACAGGCUCUUGCUAGCCAUCUCAAAGCAGCUGUCUACCUCAAACAAACUCUACAGAGGAUGAAACAUAAAGAAGCUGAGGCUGAAGAGAGGAGGAAGGAGCUAAUAAAGAAGAGGCAGACAGCAGUGAUGACACUUAAAGCCAGUUUCACUGCCAGUCAGGAAACUAUGUGUGCUAGAAAACAACGACAGAAAGCCUAUGAACAGAAACAGAGAGAGCAAGAGCAACAAAUGAAAGAGUCUCUGGAGGCCAAAGGAUUGAACAGUACUGAAUACAUCCACCGACUGAGACUGCAGGAGCGCAUCAACAAGAAAAAAGCGGAAUUUGAAGAUACACAGAGAGUGGGGAAAAUGGAGAUUGUGGCUAAAUUGCUCUCGGAAAGGAACAUGAAGGAGAGGCAUAGAAAAUCUCCUGUACUGAGCCGUGAGAAAAAACAUGAUGAGAAAUUCUUGCAGAACAUACUGCCUCCAACUGCGCCUAUGAGAGAGGAAAAGCGUGUAAUGUCAAGUCCCAGAGCAUCUUGCAUCAGGUCCUACAGUAACAGUGAUGUCAGUUCCUCUUCAGACUCUGCAGAGCUGAAGUUGGGCGAGUGUGUAGAAAUGGAGGAUGAAGAUAAAAGAGAGAUGAGCCUGGCCCAGCCCGAGUUCACCGGCCUUUGGGAACACAAACACAAAGAAGAUAUGGCCACAUCAGAUGAAAACAUUCAUCUUGAAACAUCUUACACCACAAUGAAGACUGACAUGAACAAAAGUUUGGUUUCAAAAGCAGCAAAAAAGACUAUAAAGGGUAGAGAAUCAAAAGGACCACCAUUCAUCAGCAAACCAGAGAUUAUUCUGUUUAAGGAUUGUGAUGUUGGGAAGGUCUACAAGAAGAAAUUCACACUCACCAAUGUCACAUACACGACUAAUUACUGUAAGCUGUUGGGAGUGUCACAGAAUCUUAAAGAUCAUGUGUCAGUGAGUUUCGAGCCACCAGGGCCCAUGUCUGCAGGCAUGGCUUGUGAACUGGAGGCUAUAUUUAGACCUUUGCUCGAUGUGGAUUUGGAUGGUGAGAUUCACUUUCAAUCGGCUACUGGACCUUUUUCUGUGGCCAUAAAGUGCUCCAAGAAAAAGUGUGAGAUGGUUGUUGAUCACUGUCUUGUGGACUUUGGCACUCAUGUGGUCGGACAGACAGUUUCACGAGUAAUCACCAUGACCAACAGAGGAGCUCUAGGCACUCGUUACACGCUGACACCCGUCUCCACCGGUCCCCUUCAGCAAACCUUCAACAGCACACUGGAUUCUGGUAAAACCAGUAGUUUAGAGAUGCCCAGUCUGAACGCAGAGAACACAGCAGAAAUCCCAUCAGGGAUAGACCUCAGACCAGGUGUGUCUCCUGUCAUCAGUCACAGUCCUGAUGAGGUUUUGAUGGCUGAUCCACGAUCAGUGGAUACUAAAGUGGAGCAGAGCACCUAUGAGCCUACUGAGUUUAGUAUUGAGGAGGCUUAUGAAGGUGAUGUCGGCCAAUUUAUGAGUGUCAAAAUACCCAUCGUCUUUACACCAACCAUUCCAGGAGAGGCAAAACUGGAUUUCCAAAUCAUGUUUUCUCAACCUGGUUGUGAACCGAUUGUGGUUUCAGUUUGUGGGGUGGCAGAGAGCGCACCUGUGUGGGUGACCAAGCCAAAUGUUGACCUGAAAAUCUGCAUGUAUGAUCGCCUUUAUCAGGACAGCAUCGAAGUUCAAAGCAGGGCCAGCUCAGCUCUCAGAUUGACAUUCAAGGUGUGUAAAGAGAUGAGGAACCACAUGUCUAUCCUACCUAAAACAGGAUUUAUCCAGGCCAAAUCCAGCUUCAGUGCUCAGCUGAAAUUUCUGCCCAGACAGAGCUUGUUUUCGGAUGCCAAAAGCUUCUUCAAUAAGGACACAGGAGUUCUGGAGGUUCCCCUGACUGUACAGGUGGCAGAUCAGGUGAGGCCUGUCCUGUUUACGGUCCAUGCAGUGGUCACCAGCUCCGACCUGCUGUUUGACCACACUGAGGUGGACUUUGGACACUGCUCCGUAUAUGAGUCCUCCCAGACUUCAGUGCGUCUCACCAACUGUUCCUUGUUGCCGCAGGAGUUUGGCUUUGUGGGUAUUCCCAAGUUUAUUGAUGUCCAGCCUAAUGACGGUUUUGGCACUUUGCUGCCUUCACAAAGCAUGGACAUUUACUUGAUCUUCAGCGCGUCAAAGGCAGGGGAAUACAACUUCACACUCACCUGUAAAACAAGCAUUAACAGAGACUUCCUGUUAUCUUGUCACGCGACUGGCGUCCAGCCUUCUCUGAAACUCUCUGAUUGUUUGGUUGAGUUUGGAGGGACGGCGCUGGGCGACCGGACCACUGCAGUACUGUAUGUGGAGAACCAGAUCAGCUCAGGGCCUGAGGCUGCGGCCCGGCUCUUCGCCUUCUCUGUUCCUGAAAACUCUGACAUCACCAUCACACCUGCUUCAGGACGUGUACUGCCUGGACAGAGGUGUCUGGUCCAGGUUACGUUCAGCCCAACACUGUCUGAUGAUGUGAUCAAAGCACAGGCUGUUCGCCGGAGGAACGAGUUUCACACUAACACCAGCAGCUGCCAACAUACACAACCUGACAGCAAAGUAAGGAGCAUCAAUCAUAUCACUUCUCACACAACAUACAGUAUUGCCAGCUGUUGUAAAUUCCCUGCUAUCUUCGUCCAUCUACAGAGUAAAAUGGAAACUCCGUUGCUUUUGGUAAAAGAUCAAGGCAGCAAAGUGACGCCUGCAAACAGCAGCACCGUCCGCUCCCCGAGCCCAGCAGACGUUCAAGCAGGCUCUGUUGAAUAUUUGGCUGCGAAGGCCUCACUCCUGCGCUCUUUUACUGAGCGUCGCACUCGCCAUGUCAUAUCCUGCUUCACCUCUACAUCAGACACGUCAGAGGAGCCCAGAUACAGCCCACAUGAGACGCUGUAUCUGGAGUUACACUGUCCAGCCGUCAGACCAGCUCUACUGCUCAUCUCUGACAGCCACACCAUCCACUUCAGUCAGGUGGCAGUAGGUCAGAAGGUGUUGAAAAAGGUGAUCAUCCAGAACAUUUCCUCAGAGUUUGUAAAGCUGACAUCAUCACUGCUGGAUGUGAACGGGCCGUUUUCUGUGCUGAACGCCAUGCGUCCCUUCGGUCCUGAAGACACACACGUGCUCCUGAUCGCAUUUACACCCUCUGUGGCCAAGAAGUAUUAUGAAACUCUGGAGGUGAGCUGCAGUCAGAUGUCGCUGGAGAUCGCUCUCUGUGCUGAAGCUGUCAAUCCCAUCAUCACCUGCUCACAUGAAGGACACGUUGACUUUGACUACGUUCCUGAAAACGAGAGCGCCUCACAAGUGUUCAGGCUGCAGAACCUGUCCUCUCUGGAUGUGCGCUUCAGUGUGCUGUUAGACAGCCAGCGUCUCACAGAAGUCAUGGACUCCACAGCACAUGUGGGGACUCAGAACCACAGCGGGCUGAGUGUGUUCUGCGUGUCUCCAUCAGGUGGAGCCAUUUCUCCUGCCGCUGCUGCUGACAUUACUGUGACCUUCCAUCCCGAUCAUGAGAGUCUCCAUUACAGAGAUGUUCUGAGAGUGAAACUCCUGAACAAACAAACGGUGUGUGUGCUGGAGCUCAGGGGCUCUUCAUGUCGACACAAUAUGUUUGUCUGUGGUGGGGAUCCGGUAGAGGACUGUUCUGAAUCACUCAUCCCAUCACAUAUAUACACAUCAGGGCAUCAAGACAGCAGGAGUUUGCUGCUGACUUUUAGGAGUGAAUAUCAAGAGGGCAGAGCAAUCACAGCCACACGCAAACUCCAUGUGGGAUAUGUCCUCGGCUCAAAACCGGCCACAAAAAAAACGGUUGAGUUUAUCUGGGAGAAUCUCUCACCUGUGGAGCAGCAGGGCUUCAGAGUCACACCAAUGCAAGGAAGUGUGGAUGCAGGACACAGACGUCCCGUCACCAUCACCUGGAUGCCAUCUAGUGGCCUCGCUCCGAACGCAGUGGUUCAAGCGUGUGCUCUGCUGACCGUCAGAGGAGACGAGACCGCCGUUUACCGCGUCACUCUGAUGGCCCAUACAGACAAAACUACAGCCACUUAGAAUUUCAUUCAAAAUGUGUCAUUAUUUAUUAUUAUGUAAUUCACUGUUACUGAACCCUGAUAUUUCAAUCUAGUUGAAGACAUCUUUUUGGUCAUUAUUGAUUUGAUAUGAGUUCAUGCUCUGUGUAAAAGGUGAAUAUGGUUUCUGAAUUGCAAUACGCUGUGCAACAAUAAAUAAUGAUGUACAAAACA